AUGCUAUCAAGGCUAAACCUCAGAGGGGCCUCCCUUGCCAGAAGAUAUGUUUCCACCACCCAGUUUGCCAACCCCAGCAUAGAGAUGACCACUCUUGCCAACGGGUUGCGUAUCGUCACCGACUCCACACCAGGCCAUUUCUGCGCCAUGGGAGCCUACGUGGACGCUGGCUCCAGAUACGAAAGCCCCGGAAAGACUGGAUUAUCUCAUAUCUGCGAUAGACUCGCAUGGAAGUCCACCUCCAAGUAUACCGGCUUGGAAAUGAUGGAAAACCUCGCCAAGCUCGGAGGAAACUACAUGUGCUCGGCCCAGAGAGAAGCCAUCAUCUACCAGGCAUCUGUUUUCAACAAGGAUGCCGACAAAAUGUUCGAUGCCGCGGCUCAGACAGUCAGAAACCCCAAAAUCACCGACCAGGAGUUGUUGGAGACUUUGCAAACCGCGGAGUACGAGGUGGGGGAAAUAUCCAUGAAGCACGACAUGUUCUUGCCAGAAGUGCUACAUGCUGCUGCCUACAAUAACAACACUUUGGGGUUGCCCUUGUACUGUCCUCCGGACCGCAUUGGCCACAUCACCAAGAAGGACAUCACCAAGUACCACCAGGAGUUCUUCCAGCCUCAAAACGUCGUGAUGGCCAUGGUGGGUGUCACUCACGACCACGCAUUGAAAUUGGCCCAGGAGCACUUUGGCGACUGGAAAUCAGUCACAUCCACCAGACCAGACUUGGGCACCGUGAACUACACUGGUGGCGAAAUCUCGUUGCCCUACCAGCCCCCAUUGUAUGGAAACUUGCCAGAAUUGUACCAUAUGCAAAUUGGAUUCGAAACCUCUGGCCUCUUGCACGAUGAUCUCUACGCCCUUGCUACUCUCCAGAAGUUGCUUGGUGGUGGCUCCUCGUUCUCUGCUGGUGGCCCUGGUAAGGGAAUGUUCUCCCGGUUGUAUACUAGAGUCUUGAACCAGUACGCAUUUGUGGAGAACUGCAUGAGUUUCAACCAUUCUUACGUGGACUCCGGAUUAUUUGGUGUGACCAUUUCAUGCUCUCCAAAUGCUGCACACGUCAUGUCACAAAUCAUUUGUUUCGAAUUGUCCAAAUUAUUGGAAACCGACCCUUCCAAGGGUGGUCUUACCGAGAAGGAAGUAAAGAGAGCCAAGAACCAGUUGAUCUCGUCCUUAUUGAUGAACAUAGAGAGCAAGCUUGCUAAGUUGGAAGAUUUGGGUAGACAAAUCCAAUGUCAAGGAAAGUUAACAACUAUCGAUGAAAUGAUAGCAAAGAUUGAGAAAUUGACGGUGUCAGACUUGAGAGCUGUUGCUGAGAAGGUAUUGACCGGAAAGGUCCAGAAUAAGGGUAUCAGUUCCGGUAAGCCAAGUGUUGUCAUGCAAGGUGAUAGAGCUGCAUUUGGAGAUGUCGAAUUUAUUCUCCAACAUUUUGGUUUAGGCAAAUUUGAAGGGGAAAAGUUGAGUGAACCUAGAGAUUUCUCUGAGCCAGAGAAGACAAAGAGAUUCGGUUGGUUUUAA